UACUCAUUCCCUCGCCGUCUCCAUUCAUUCCGCCUCUGUCCUCAAUAUCGCUACAUUACGCUGCCCGGAUUCAGGAAGGCAAUUGUCGCUUUGGUUGCAUAUAGCAGAUAUCUCGCGCCAGGCUCGCGGCGCAGGCAGCCACGCUUGUCCUCCCCAGGGCGAGCAACAACAACAUAAAGCUCGCCACACACAGUACCCCCCAACCGAGAACCUACCCCGCGUCGAACUUCACACACCGCACUCCGCCUUCAUUUGUUGCCGCCCGACAUGGGGGGUCCCAGGUACACAGUAGAGGAGCUAGAAUUCCUGCGAGAUUCGCCGUUAGUGCGAAAGCCGGAUGCCUUACCAUCAAUAGAGCAAUGGAUGGAGGUGCCGGCUGACCAGCAGACGAAUUCUAAUACCAACAACAACAAUCGACGCACUCGGACGGGCAAUAAUUCGGAGGGUGUGGCGCUCGGUGAUGCCCGUGGUGACCGCGGACUUCUGCUGAAUGCCGGUGGGAUGGGUCAUUUUGGCAGAAAGACGAGCACACAACCGGAUGACUUAGUGUUCGGGCCUCCUAAACUCUCAUUCACGUCUGCUUCACGCGCUGCGAAGGUCACGGAUCAGGAGAAGCGUAGUUCAGCAGACGCAGACGCAGAUACUUUUACCCCUCGAGCGCGUGGUGAGCGAUGGACACGCGACCGUGAAAACGAUGGUGGACGGGAGAAAGCUGGUUAUACGAAUGGGCGUCGCGCCCGUGAGGAGGGCGAAGGCUGGACAAACGAGAAAGGCCGGAAGAGUUUGGGACAGGAGGAUUUCGACCGCAGCUUUGGGCGUGGGGGAGAUCGCGAGCGUAGUAGAGCCCUGAAAGAUGACCUGGAUUCCGGCGAUGCUCCAACGCGACGUACUGGUGCUGCGGGCCGCGAGAAGUUCGAACGAUGGGGACGCCGUGAUGAUAUUACUUCGGAAAAGACUGAAGGAAGCCGUUUUGGACCAGGCGCGCAGGGUGGUUGGCGCGACCGGGAUCGAGACCGCGACCGGGAUCGCGAUAGGGACCGUGACUGGAAUAGGGGAGGUCAACAGACCAAACCUGAGCCAGUUCCGGAAUGGAUGGAUGAGCCCGUUAAGAAGGAGAAGACGACAGAGCGUCCAAUGGAUGCAAUACAGCAGUGGAAGGAGGCUAUGAAGGCUAAAGAGACUAAAGCAGCUGAGAAAAAGGAGGAGAAGGCGGAGACGCCAGCGGCUGAGCUUUCAAAUCCAAUGUCAUCGCUGCCACCUGCUACCUCACCUUUCGCUGCCCCGGACAGCCUUGGGGGUCUCUUCAGCAAGUGGGCCAAGGAGCAUUCUGAAGAAGCCAAUGCGGGUUUGACGGAGGCAACCACGCAAAAGUCCGUCAAGGAUAAAGAGCAGAAGAAGUCCAGGUUCAUGGAGAUGAAGAUGUUCCAGAAGGUCGAGGAGCCGACGCCAUCCACCCAGUCUGGUUUGACCAAUAUUCCUUCGCCACCGCCUCCUCAAACCGGCGCCAAUCCGAGUGAUGAUGCUGACAAACAAGGCUUCCAGCGCAUUUUACAGAUGCUUGGUGGUGUAAAUCUUGCGCCAGCGCAGCCUACACCACCAGCCAGGGAUACACCUGCAAAUGGCGCUGUCCCAGGAGGUAUUCCUCUCAACUUCCAGCAGUCGCCUCCGCCGUCGGAGCCACAGGACAAACCGCCACGUCAACAACCGUCUCGGACUGCUGAACAACAAGCGCUGUUGGACAACGUUCUUGCCCCAAGACCUUCGUCAAAUAGGCCACCCCAGUCCAGGACCGACUCCAGACAAUGGGGUUUAUUGGAGCCAGACGCUACUUUCGAGAGCGAGGCCCGCUUUGAGUCACCCCCUCCUAGAAAUACGAGCGCGCAGGAUGCUCAUUUGCAAGCACUUCUCAACAGUAGGGCUCAGCAAGAGCCGACCCAUCACCUGGUUUCCAAGGACGCGGAGCGUGCUCAGUUUCUGCUCAAUCUUAUGCAGACCCGUAACACGCCACAGCCAAUGAACCAACUGACUCCACGGCAAAGUUUAGACAAUCCUAACAUGGCGUACUUUGAUCAAGGCCCGCGUCCUCAAGCUCAGCCUCAGCCUCAGAUCCAACCCAAGGUUCGCCCUAGCCUUCCUCCUGGUUUGGCUGAGGAGCGUUUCCGUUAUGGUAAUGAGAACGAGAUGAUGCGUCGUGAGCAACAGAUGCGGGAGCUCCGCCAACAACAACAACAUCAACAACAACAACAACAACAACAUCAACAACAACAACAACGUGAGGAGGCUAUGCGACCGAAACCUGCCCAUAUUCCCAUGCCAUACGAUGACCCUGCAAUUGCAAGCUUGCAGCGCCGCAGCACGGCCGGCGAGCUUCCCCGCCAAAUGACCAACAUGGGAAUACCGUCUGCGCCUCUCCCUGAUAUGCAGAUGUACGGUGCGCGGAAUCAUGGGAUGCCUCCGACUCCCCAAGAACGGGGCAACAUUGGACCUCCGCCUGGGUUCAAUAUGCCCGCUGGUAUCAGGCAGCCUCCUCCUGGCUUGGGCCCACACCAGAUGCCGCCGUUUUCUGCCGGUAAUACUCCACUGGGCCAUCCAGCACCUCCAGGUUUCAACCCGCAAAUGGCUGGCAGAGGAGGGAUGUUCCCUGGCGGACCUGGCGGACCCGGUGGUCCUGGUGGGCCUGGAAUGAACCAGAUGCCUCCUCAAGGACCUCCACAGGGUUAUUUCCCUCCUCCUGGAUUCGGUCCGCCGCCGGGUAUGCGUGGUGAGGACCCGCGCAUGAUGAUGGGGCGUCCCGAGUUCGAUCAGUUUGGCGGCCCGGGCCCAAGGCAAGGUGUUGGCGGCAGGCCCCCGAUGUAUUAGUCGUACGUCUCUUUCCCACGCUCAAGUGACAGGGAUGAUGAGAUCCGUACACUGCUUGGACGUUCCAGAUCAACGUGACAUGGUCAUGGUCAAAAGGAGUGGUAAUGUACUAUGUCUAUGCCUGGUGGCGGAAUCGGCGAUUAGGGAGGGGAUACUUUUGUGCACAGCAAUGAAUGAAUGGGUUGGGUGGCGCUUGUGUACAAUACCACUUGGGACGUCUGUGUUU